ACAUCUACAAUGUACAUCCCAUAUCAGGGGAGGUUACUGCAGAGAACUCUUCAACAUCUACAAUGUACAUCCCAUAUCAGGGGAGGUUACUGCAGAGAACUCUUCAACAUCUACACACACACACAUAAUCGGUCAAGAUUACCAUAGGAUUUAAUUAUUUUUUUUUCUUUAGAUUAUUGUUGGUUAGGUGUCACACAGAUGGCAGUAAUAUAUUCUGACUCACGUGAAAUGAAAUUUGGAUACAGCAGAUUACAGGCUUAUAAUUCAAUCAGCAUUUCUUUAUUACCUGGCCCCUUUGGCCCCUUGCCCAUCAAGGUAAUAACUUUAAGCUGGAAUAGGUUUCAUUGCAGUGGAACAAAGAUGAUCCCAACUCAACAAGGUGUUGGCAUCAGGUUCUGUUGGAGGCCCAAGGAUCCCAACUCAACAAGGUGUCGACAUCAUGUUCUAUUGGAGGCCCAAGGAUCCCAACUCAACAAGGUGUCGGCAUCAUGUUCUAUUGGAGGCCCAAGGAUCCCAACUCAACAAGGUGUCGGCAUCAUGUUCUAUUGGAGGCCCAAGGAUCCCAACUCAACAAGGUGUCGGCAUCAGGUUCUAUUGGAGGCCCAAGGAUCCAAACAAUGUUUAACAACAACAACAAAAAAACCAUGACCCGUCACAGCCUACAACUGACUACUCAAAAUCUGCGCUCGAUGCCGUCAACACAAAAUAAGGCCAAGCUAACUAUUAGCCAACGCUGCGACAUAAAAUAUUGUAACAUAAAAAAUAAUCAAUGAACAAUUCUGCCAGUUACCGUUAGGCAAGUUCAUCCUUGAAAGUUAACUAUUCUGGUAGUUCCUAUACGAGCUAGCUAGCAAUUAGAGUACCUCCACUGUGCCCAAAAAAAGUAAAAAAAAUUGGGGGGGGGGGGAAGGAAGAGAACUUGUAAGAUAAAUUUACAAUAAAAAAUGAAUCAAAAACCUUUGUAUCACUUUUCAUCAAUUAACACCAACAGAAAACAAAGCUAUUUUUUUUUUUUUUGGUUUUUGCCACAGCUGUACUUGCCAGUUUAAUCAAGACUUAUAUUCCAAACAUUUCUCUGCUGUAGUAUGACUCUGCUAGGUAAACACUAAUAAAGAAAUAUACAAAUAAAUCUUGGUACAGUAAAUUGAGCAAGCAAUGGUACACCUGAUAAAAAUGAGUGAAACUUUUAGACCAGCGGUUCUCAACCUGUGGGUCACGACCCCUUUGGGGGGGUCGACACACAGGGGUUGCCUAAGACCAUCGGAAAACACAUAAUUAUGAAGUAGCGACGCAAAUAUAAUUUUAUGGUUGGGGGUCGCCACAACAUGAGGAACUGUAUUACAGGGUCGCGGCAUUAGGAAGGUUGAGAACCACUGUUAGACACUGACCUACUUUAAUGGGUGGAAAUUGAAAUAUACACCAGGGAAAUAAUUAUGCUAUAAAAAAAAAAAACCCACCAAAUUAUUGGUAGACAAUUUCAGACCAAUUUUGAUAGUAGAUUUUCACCUCAGACACAGCACAACCAGCCGGCAGGUUGUUUUUAACAAGCAAACAUUUGCAGUGAAAUCUGGCCACACAUAUGACAGCACUGGAAUUAUCUCAUGAUAUUAUCUUUGUCUUACAUCACCUUGAAAAGUCAAGGUCAAAAGAUGAGUAUUAUUGCACAGGGAGAUAUGUUUUCUCUUUCACAUACAACCCCAUAACAUAUCACUGAUUCCUCAUCAUUUAUCACUAAUUCCUGCAUCC